UGUGUGUGCGUCUCUGCGUGUCCAUUGCGUGUCUAAGCAUGUGCCCCGCCUUCCCCUCCAGCUCAAGAUCUCCUUUGACGACCUCCACACCAUGUUUGAAUACCCUUCCGAAAGCUCCCUAGAAGGGCAGGAAGUGGAGGAGGAGGAAGAGGAAGCGGAGGAAGAGGAAGAGGAAGAGGAAGAAGAGUACGCCUCCGAGGUGGACCAGGCCCCGCCCCUUCCUGCCGCCAAGAGGAAGGAGGGGAGGAGCGGCCCAGGUUUUUCCACCCAAAAACCGCCCCCGGGGCAAGGCGGCGAGUUCGAGGCGGCGCCGCCGAGGGCGGGAACCGUAGCGCCGGGCGCCGACCCGCCUGGCGCACGCGUCAUGCUCACCCCGGCCGGCGCCGGCGACCGGUCCGACUUCGGCAGCGAACCCGCCCUCUACUUCUGAAUCGGGAUUAUUAUUAUUAUUAUUAUUAUUAUUAUUAUUAUUAUUAUUAUUAUUAUUAUUUUCUGCCCGAGUUCGAGACUCUGUGGUGCCCGGAAUCCCCAAAGAGCUGAUUAUUAUUAUUAUUAUUAUUAUUAUUGAUGGGAGUUUUAAUAGGGUGGAAGGGUAUGACAAUCAAAAGAGCUGAUUAAUAUUAUUAUUAUUAUUAUUAUUAUUAUUAUUAUUAUUAUUAUUAUUGAUGGGAGUUUUAAUAGGGUGGAAGGGGUAUGGCAAUCAAAAGAGCUGAUUAAUAUUAUUAUUAUUAUUAUUAUUAUUAUUAUUAUUAUUGAUGGGAGUUUUAAUAGGGUGGAAGGGUAUGGCAAUCAAAAGAGCUGAUUAAUAUUAUUAUUAUUAUUAUUAUUAUUAUUAUUAUUAUUAUUGAUGGGAGUUUUAAUAAGGUGGAAGGGUAUGGCAAUCAAAAGAGCUGAUUAAUAUUAUUAUUAUUAUUAUUAUUAUUAUUAUUGAUGGGAGUUUUAAUAGGGUGGAAGGGUAUGGCAAUCAAAAGAGCUGAUUAAUAUUAUUAUUAUUAUUAUUAUUAUUAUUAUUAUUAUUAUUAUUGAUGGGUAUUGUGAUCAAAAGAGCUGAUUAUUAUAAUUAUGAUUAUUUUUAUUACUAUUAUUGAUGGCUUCGGCGAUCAAAAGAGCCGAUUAUUAUUAUUAUUAUCAUUAUUGAUGGGUAUAGUGAUCGAAAGAGCUGAUUAUUAUGAUUAUGAUUUUGAUUUUGAUUUUGAUUUUGAUUUUGAUUUUGAUUAUUAUUAUUAUUAUUAUUAUUAUUGUUGAUGGCUUCGGCGAUCCAAAGAGCAGAACAUUAUUAUUAUUAUUAUUAUUAUUAUUAUUAUUAUUAUUAUUAUUGAUGGCGUUUGGAUGUGGUGGAAGCGUAUAGUGAUCAAAAAACAGAAUAUUAUUAUUAUUAUUAUUGAUGGCUUCGGCGAUCCAAAGAGCAGAAUAUUAUUAUUAUUAUUAU